AUCAUAGGUCAAAGAUCAGCACAUUCCUUCCCAAUAUGCCCCGUAAUGGCACUUCCUCUCAUUUCUCCCUUGGGAUUCACUAUGACCCCAGCAUUGUCUUCGAAGAACAUGAAGACUCCAUCCUUUCGGCGGAAGGGUUUGCGCUGGCGAACGAUGACGGCGAGCAUAUGACCUUCUUACGGAGAUCAGAUUUCACUAAUGGUAUGUUUGGGAACAUGGAUUUGGAUUUUAAAUCUGGAUUUGGCUUAAAUUCCAUGUUUGGGAAACUUAAGCAUUUUGAAUUUGGAUUUGAAUCAAAUUCUUUACAUUCAAAACCAAGCUUAAUUUGAAAUCCAUGCACCUCCCCUUGUCAUUUGAAAUUCAGGAUUUCAAAUUUUGGAAUUGAAAUACAUGAAUUGAAAUGAAAUGCUAGUUGCCAAACACUACCUAAANCUAAUGGUAUGUUUGGGAACAUGGAUUUGGAUUUUAAAUCUGGAUUUGGCUUAAAUUCCAUGUUUGGGAAACUUAAGCAUUUUGAAUUUGGAUUUGAAUCAAAUUCUUUACAUUCAAAACCAAGCUUAAUUUGAAAUCCAUGCACCUCCCCUUGUCAUUUGAAAUUCAGGAUUUCAAAUUUUGGAAUUGAAAUACAUGAAUUGAAAUGAAAUGCUAGUUGCCAAACACUACCUAAAGUGAUUUGACUAUUUAUUUUUACUGUAAAAGUAAUUUGACUUUUUUUUUUUACCUAAGAAGUGAUUUGACUUAUUAUUCCAAGUUUUUUUUUGAACAGGACGUACGUAAAUUAAGAUAGAAAAACGAAGAUCAAAGAACCGUUCAUGUGUAUGCCUAAACACGUGGUGGCCAGUGGGCAUUGGGGCUCGACAGUUUUCUUCUCAACUGCAAAGGCAAAAACUUCUAGAUUCAAAAGAAAGGGAAAAAAACACAGAGAAUAGAGAGUCAAAGUGAGAAAAAGGAUGGAAAGAGAGAGGGGGUAAGUGAGGUCAUCAUGAUAUUUGUCUCUGUCUCUCCUGCAAGGCAAAGCUAGGGAAGAAGCAGAGGAAUUAACAUGUUCUACUCGCAUGUUCUCCUCUCAAAGAAGGGGCAUUUAGGGAAUAUUUGGAUUGCUGCUCAUUUCUAUAAACGCCUCAAGAGAUUCCAAGUGAGCCAGACCAACAUAUCUUAUUCUGUCGAUAAAAUUUUGGUAGAUGAAGUACCUGUUGUCACUUAUAGAAUUUUAGGCCACCUUCUUGUGGGCAUUGUCAGAAUAUAUUCAAAGAAAGUUGAAUAUCUCUUCCAUGAUUGCCACAAGGUGCUGGCUGAGUUUGUCGAUUUUGCAAUUUUAAAGAGAUCAAAACCAAAGUUUGGAGCCCUACAUUCAUCUUGCUGCCCAAUCUCUCUCCCUAGGAGUUUUGAACUUGAUGCUUUUGAGUUGGAUGAUCAAGAUGGGUGCAAUGCUCAUGUAAGACAAGAUGCAUGGAAGAGUGAGCACUUUGGGCUUGUCUUCUUACCUGAUAAGUCUCAUGGUCCUGCAGAGAUUUCAAUUUCUCCAGCAAAUUCCCCAGACCACACUCCCAUCAGAGAUGUUUGUUCACCUUACUUUGCCAAAAAUGGUUCCAAUGUCGGCUCGACAAGUUACAAAACCAAUUUGAUUCCCAUGGAAAAGCUUUGCUUGAGUAGGUUCUCUUUGGAAAAGUGUAUAUAUCCUUUGAGUUUUGAAGAUACUGCAAACAUAGCGUUCAAUGAUCAGGAGACUAAUCAAACACAUCAAACGGAUGAUGAGCAAAUAAAACAGCCUGGCUCCGAUAUUUACAACCUCACAGAAUUUGAUGAAAAUUGUACGUUUUCACUAGAAGAUCGUUUGGAUCCAAUGAUUAUUGACGAUGAUGAAUUUGAAGCUGCCUUUGCUCACGAGCAGAUAAAACAUCUUGAGUCAGAUAUGUCUUACAUUGACAUGGUGCCCCUUGAUAAAUCUUCAUAUGAAAAGCAGCCCCAGGAUUUGGAACCUUUGGGCAUACGAGAAAUAACCCCCCCUAACUGUGCAAAACUUCAAACUUCCAUAAAUCAUCCGGUUUCCCUUUCUGUUGAUGUGAUCCGAGAUUCCAAGUGUCCAGGUGGUUCUGGCACUGCAUCACUCAAUAUCAUGUCUGUUCGUACACCAGCUGCUAAGGAGCGGUCAAGGGCUCUGAAGAAACGAAGAUGUGUAUUUGAUAAUCCUGUUGUGAUCUCUAAUCAUGUGUAUAAGAAUUGGCUAAACAACCAGGACGACUUGAUACACAAAAGAAAGAAAGCUCCUCACAUUCCAUUACUUGCCUGGAAACAUGAGAAGUUCUCAUCUCUUCCUGGAAGUCUUACGGAGCCUUUGAUUCCAUGUUGUGCUUUGGUAGACACUAGCCAUUUAGUUCGUGAGAUGGCGAAUAUGACAGUGCCGGUUGAUAGUGUGAAAUUCGCUGAGAUUAACGACGUACAAGUAUCUCCUGCCAAACAUAGAUCCCGCGAACAAACUCCAAUUGCUCCUUCAACACCAGUAGCCCUUACAAACUCCUGUAGAAUUCAUGAGGCACAUGUGAGUGAUGAUCUGGACAUAAUGGAGCCUCCACACUCAGUUAAAAGUAUGCACGAAGUUGCACAAGAAACUGAGGAUCUUGAGUUUGAUAUUAAUUUGAUGGAUGAGGAAACUAAUUCAGGUGAAGGGGACAUCUUGGAGAAAUAUGAAUGUUCAGCAAGAACGAGAAAGGUUGCAAUGUUUCUGCUUAGACACUUGUUAGCUCGAAAGGGUAAACCUGUUAACUUGUCUUGCACCCUUGAAGGAAGAACCAAAACACAAAGUGCAAAGGUGUUCUAUGAGAUACUGGUUUUGAAGACAGAAGGUUGGAUAGAUGUGCGGCAGGAUGAUGCGCGGGGUGACAUUUGUGUGUUUGAAUCUCCCAAACUGAAGCCAAACACUUUUGCAGAAGGGAAGAAGCAGAUGAAGGAGACGCAUGUGCUGUAGCAUUCUCAGUAGUCCUCUUUUAUGUUUCCUUUGAAUAUCAAACAUGCAACUCUUAUUUUGAGGAUAAAUACUACUACCUCCGACCCUGAAUAUUUUUCUGGGGUAACAUCAUAUUUUUUGGCCAAAUUUUAAAUUUGUCAAAAAAUUUUCCAAAUUUGACAUUGAUAUUUAUAUUUGCAUGUAAAAUCCUUUGUAAAAGUUUCAUGUCAAAAAGACCUUUCAGUAAUGUCUAAAUUAUAAUUUUUUUAGUUUUGGCCUCGAGCUCUAUGGGUACCAACACAUUUUUUGGCCAAAUUUUAAAUUCAUCAAAAAAUUUUCCAAAUUUGA